CGUCCGUUCGUCCGUCCGUCGGGCUACAGAUCAGAUCUUGCCGACCUGUCGGCUGUCUACAUCUUUAUCUAUUAUGUCCACAUGCAGUGAGGUCACUCGGUGAUGAUGAGGCGGUUGACGCCCUGCGCCUGGCCAGCCAUGUCCAUCACGGCACCUCCCCCCGCACCUGUGGCCAUGAAACACAGGAUGGUUGUCGGCUGGCGUUCGGCCUCUCUGUGCUGUGUGGGGUCUGUCCCUACGGAAUGAUUCUCCGGUGGUGCGCAUACCGCCGGCCUCCUGGCCGGCCGUCUGAGACAGACAAGACAGACAGACAGACAGUGCAGUGAAGUAUAUGCGUCUCUCUGUGUGUGCGGCCGCACCUUGAGCUUAACGUCCAGGAGCCGCUGCAGCACACUAAACAUCUCCCGCUGCCGCGCAUGACAGACAAGAGCACAAACCACACAUACAGCGAAUGUAUGUGACACGGCGGCAUUCCGGCCGUCUGUCCGUAUGUUGUGUUCCACUCACCUGUUUCAUGCGGGGCUCCUGGUUCUCCUUGACCUCCUUCUGCUGCUUCCGGAGGUCGCGGGAAUGCAGAUCUAGCUCGUUCAGCUGAUUUGAUUGAUGCACACACAGAGCGGACGAUUGAUUAACCAUUAAUCAUAUGGUUGUGUAUGUGUAUGGGUGUGUGUGUAUUGUUGAUCAUCGAUGGACUGACUGACCUUGUUGGUGAGCAGAGCUGAUAGUGUUGCAAAUUCCUUGGAGUACCUGCCCUCGCCCCGCUGGUACUUGGCCUGUGUGACCACACAACACAGGUCCAUCCAUCCAUCCAUAUUACCCCGUGGGAGUGGCGUGUGUGCGUGCCUCCUUGUUGGCCCGCUCGAGCAGCGCCUCUGCCGUCUGGAUAUCCACGUUGUGCUGGUGGUAGCGGGACUCUGCGUCGUCACACUCAGCCUCACACACACACACACACACGCUGGUCCCUCUUUCUGUGUGCUGCGUAUCGGUGGGGGGAGGGGUGGGAGGGGGAUAGAUAACAGACCUACCUGCAGUGUUUCGACUUCAUGCCUGAGGCGUGAGAGGUCUGAGUCGACGGCCAGCUGCACCGAGUUGUAGGCGCCCUUCUUCUCGUUGUACUUGGCCUCCAGCUCCUGGAACUGCGCUCGCACCUCACGCAAAUUCUUGAUCUGACACGAACGAAGGAGCACAAAAUGACAGACAUACUGAUGCAGGCAGGCCGCGAAGGCGGGCUGCUGACGGGCUGCGACUUACCUGUGGUGCGAGCUGGUUCUUUUUGUCCUUGAGCUGGUUGGUGAUCUCGGUCACGAUGCGGCUGAGCUCGUCAAGCUGCACCUCUGCAUGCCAGGGGGGGAAGGAAGGAAACAGACACAGUAUGGAUGACGAUGACUGCAACUAACUCGCUGGAUUCGAUUCGCGUCUUGGUGUACCUUUGGAUUUGUCGACCUGCGCCUUGUGUGCCGAUAUCUCCUCCAGGCUCCUCUCGGUUGUCUGCACACACACACACACUCCCAUAACCGCAGGCUGUCGUCCUGCGCGUGUGGGAUGCGCUGCGCUGCGCUUUACUUGGUAGCCCGCCACGCCCCGUUUGGCCUCCAACUCAGCUACAGUUUUCUGCCACACAGACAGACAUAUCCCAUCACCAGCACCAACACCAGAACCACACACAUCGUUGCCUCUGUGUGUUCGCCAAGCCACUCACCGCCAGUCGCUCAUCCCGCUGCUGCAGGAUCUGCUCAGUGCGGGUCAACGUCUGAGAUCACACACAUCCAAACCGCUGUUUCUCUCAUGCUCAUGGUGUGCUGUGUGUGUAUGCAGCUGAGCAGGGCUGACCGCGACUUCCUGUCUGAUUUCGUUGAGGUCGGCCUUCAUUUCCUUGUACUUGGCGGUCUUCUCCCGCAGCUCAGCGGCGUACUGCUUGAACUCGUCCUUGCGCAGGAACUUGUGGCCCCGCCGCUCCUCGUACUCGCGCUCCCUGUCACUCAGACGCUGAGACAACUCCGACCGCUCGUGCUCCUGGAGCGGAGCAGGCACACACAGGGGAUAGUCCAACGGGCUGGGAUGAUUGAUGGGAGUGUGGUACCGCGUCUUUGAGUUCUUUAAGUGCGAUUUCUUUCUUUUUGCCGACGAGGUUGGCCUGCUGCUUGAAGACGGUGAGCUUGUCGUCAGUCUGAUUGGCGUCCUGCAAGACGGGAAGGGCACACACACAUAGACGGACAGAGAGCGAGGGAGAGAGUGGGGUGUAUGCAGGCGCUGCUGUCGUGUGUGUGUGUGCGUGUGUGUUUCAGUGUGUGUGUGACCUCUUCGAGUCUGUCCUCGAGUGUCUGUAUCUCGUCGCGCAGUCCAGCCACCUGCGACUCCAAGUCACGAAUCAUCACCUGACACACGCACACACACACAUACACACACACAUACACAACCAACGCUUGAGGCUGCCGGCGGCGGCUGUUUGUCCGCCGCGUUUGUCUUGGUCAUACUUGUGACACGGGCGGCUCCGAAAGGGUGGCCUCCAGCUACAUGCAUCGCACAGAAAGAUAAGACGACAACGAAAGAUGGAGAUGGCCGACCGUGGCCGAUAGAUAAAUCAAUCUUCUCCUCUUCUCUCUCUCCCUCCCUGGCACCCACCGUAUGAAGCCUGUCUUUCUUCUCGUCCACCUCCCGUCGAUAUCUCUCGAGGUUCUCGCGGUUGCGAUUCACCUCGUCACGCAACACCUUCAGCAUCGUCUCUGAGACGUAGGCAGGCAGGCAUGUGAUUCGUGUGUUACAAGUCUUUUCUGGGGGCCAAACACCCACCCCACCUGCGCCAGCGUCUGAGUCCUUGAUGGACGACUUCAGCUCAGCCAGACGCUGAGUCGACAACAUAUACUGCGGGACCAGCACACACACACACACACACAGACAGGCACAGGCACUCGGGGUCAGCCGUUGAGUAGAGCAGGCCAUCGCACCCCACCCCACCUCACUCACCUGCUGCUCUGCCUGCUCCAGUUGGACACGCUGCUCACGGAUCCUGCCGUUGCAGGGAGGGCAGACACAACACAAGGCGUGGACAAAGAGGACGGCCGUGCGAGUAGCAUGUCAUCUUAAUAUAUUUGUUUCCUCACUUUUCGGCUAUUCUGGCCUCCUCCUCCUGUUCCUUCCGGAGGGAGCUCGUGACCUCCAGCAGCGCAUCGAACCCCUCCUGACAUACAGCGUGUUAAACACACAUUAACGGGUUCCAUCCCCCAGCCAAUUUGACCGACCUUGUUCUGUGUCUUGCUCUGCAGGCUUGCGAUCUUCUGCUGCAGCUGCUCCUUCUCGGCCUCCAGCUGCUGCAGCUCCUUGCGCAACUCGCUGGGGUUCGUGCUGCCACACAUAUCGCAUGCGCCAUCAUGUCACGGGCGGCUGGAUGGAUGGAUGGGCUUAAGGGCUUAUGUACCUGGUUUCCUUGGCCUGCUCGAGCGCCUGGUGGUUGCUCUUGAACUGUGCCUGGAGGCCCUUGUACUGCUGGUACAUCUCCAUCAUCGCUGGAUGAACAUAACAUAGUGUUCGCACACACAAAGAGGGAUUUGUGUUGGUCGGUCGGCUGGCGUGUUGUGUGUUGCCCGACUGACCGACUGACUGACUGACUGACUGACUGACUGAGCUACCUUCGUCCCCGAGGAACUCUGGCGGCACGUCGAUCGGCACCAGGUAAUGGGCCAGAUACGCCCUGACACGAUGGCCACACGCAGAGCCAUAUCUCUCCACGCCUGCCUCUCUCUCUCUCUCUCUGUGUGUGUGUGUGUGUACGCCUCUAUCUCUCAUCGAGACUGACCUCUUUCGCAGCCGCUCCAGGUCGCUGAGCAGCCAGUGGAUGAUGGGAUACAACGUCCGCUUGUCGCCCGCAACGAAGCUCUUCUGAAACUCCCUGCCAGACAACAUAGCUCACACAGACAACAGACAAGAGGCGGCAUACAUCUUCUCCGCGUGUCCUGCUGACUUCUCCCUCACUCAUCGUAGUUGGCUUUGCAUCCGAUGACAUGCAGGAAGCCGGCCAUGCGCACGUACAUGUUGUCCUGGUUCUCCUCACGCACAUCCACCUCGUGCUUCUUGCCGUCCAGAUGAACCAGGAUCGCAUUCAGGGUCUCCAGCAGCUCAAUGCUGACACACAUCAGGCAACCACACCCAGGUAGUCAGAUCCGUGUCAUCGUUGCCAUGAUUGAGGCAUGGGAUCUAUGGAUCUGUGUGUGUCUUUGUGUUUGUAUGUGUGCUUACGGCUGUUUCUCGUCGAAUGUGACGAGGGUGAGGUUCAUGUGGAAGGGCUCGGCGUUGAGAUGGUCCACUAUCUCCUUGAGCAGCGUCGCCAUGAGGGAGAGGGGGUGAUGGGUCACGGGCGGCCAAUAUAAGAAUCAAGAUGAAUCAAUCUUGCUCACAGAGAUGCG